AUGUAUUCGACCGUGCUUCCACUACUCUUGCUAUGUGCUCCAUUAGCACAACAGACCCGAGCAUUACCUAGCCAACAUAAGGCCAGCGAGAAAGCCUUGCCAUAUCUCCUCCGUGCUGGCAGAGACUAUCGCAGUGGGAGCUACCAGAUCCCUAGCGCUGUCCAAAAUGGAACUAGCAAGGCUCGGUUUGACAUCCCAACACCAGAAACCACUCUUGACAUAGAAACCCUCUUCAGGUUGGAUGCACCUCAGAUAGAUUCUAUCAAUGACUCCGUGUACGACUGGUGGUAUUUCGAUGCCGUCUCGGAGACCAACCCCGAUGAUUCCCUAGUCGUCACAUUCUUCUCCUCAUCCGCGGAAGCAUUUCCAUUCCUCGACGCGAAUGAGACCUCCGUGCUCAACGUUUGGUUAUGGGCUUCGUUCGCCAAUGGAACUGUCUUUGCCGAUUCUGUCCCGGCGACUGAGGCGACCGUGACUGGCGCAGAUGCCGCUGGCACUAAUAGCUCUGGCGAGUGGUCCUCCACAGGCUUUAGCUGGGCUGCUCUCACAGAGAAUCUAUCGCAGUAUGAGAUUAUCAUCUCGUCCGAGAAGCUUCAGGUCGAAGGGCGACUCACCUUGACUUCGCGAGUACCGCAUCAUCUGCCCUGUGGAGUUCAAGCGGAACGGACGACACUUGAGAUUGCGCCUCAUAUCGGAUGGGUUAAUCUCAUACCCGAUGCCGUGGGUGAGGUCGACAUGAAGAUCCAUGGGUCGACGCUGAAGUUCCGAGGGCCUGGUUACCAUGACAAAAAUUGGUCUGAUCAGCCUUUUACGGACUCUGUCCAAAGCUGGUACUGGGGCCACGGCCGUCUAGGUCCAUACUCGAUUGUCUGGUUCAGUUACCUCGCCAUUGAUGACCCAACCAACGCCACAUAUGUGAGCAGCUACGUUGCCAAAGAUGGCGAGCUGCUCAUAUCGGCCUGUGACCCCUCUAUUCUCACCGUGAGGCCGGUCGGUAGUCCGGGGACUACUGGUGGGCGAUAUCCGCCACGCAUGGGUGAUAUACCGGAUGGAUUCCGAUUGGAAUAUGAUUUGGGAGAAGCUAGUGGUCAGUUGAAAGUGAAUGUCUCCGUGAGAACUUUGGUCGCUGGGAAUGGAAACGAUUAUAUGCGAUGGACAGGAGACAUAGUUGGGGAGGUAAUCGAGUCUGAGAGCCAGCGAACAGAAGAGGCCGGUGGUGGUGGCCCAGGAAGAGAAAAUUCACCUCUUGUUGGUGUUGCGGUUUUGGAGCAAUUCGUUAUGGUGGAAUAG